AUGGAUGAAGUGCAAUUUUUGGGCCAUGUAAUAUCUGCACAAGGCAUUGUAGUGGAUCCAACAAAGGUGGAGGCAGUGGUAAAGUGGGAGAAUCCCAAGUCAGCGACGGAGAUAAGGAGCUUCGUGGGUUUAGCUAGCUAUUAUAGGAGAUUCAUAGAAGGAUUCUCCAAAAUAGUGACGCCCCUAACACAACUCACUCGGAAGGAUCAACCUUUCACUUGGACAGUUAAGUGUGAGGAGAGUUUCCAAGAGCUGAAACGAAGGUUGACGAGUGCUCCCAUAUUGAUUAUCUCGGAUGUUGGGAAACCUUUUGAGGACAAGAAGGCAGUGUCCUAUGCUUCGAGGCAACUCAAGGUGCAUGAGAGAAACUACCCUACUCAUGACCUGGAGUUAGCAGAUAUUGUGUUUGCCUUGAAGAUCUAG